AUACAUACACAUGCACACACCCCUAGGUACAUGGGGAACUGUGGGAUGCUCAGGAAGGGUGAAUUUUGUGAUCUCACAAGCUGUUCUCCCCAUCCACAGGUAUUUGGGAUCCAAUUGAAGGAAAUUGAUAAGACUGACCACUUGUACAUUCUUCUCAGCACCUUAGAGCCCACUGAUGCAGGCAUACUGGGAACGACCAAGGACUCACCAAAGUUGGGUCUCCUCAUGGUGCUUCUUAGCAUCAUCUUCAUGAAUGGAAAUCGGUCCAGUGAGGCUGUCAUCUGGGAGGUGCUGCGCAAGUUGGGGCUGCGCCCUGGGAUACAUCACUCGCUUUUUGGGGAUGUGAAGAAGCUCAUUACUGAUGAGUUUGUGAAGCAGAAGUAUCUGGACUAUGCCAGAGUCCCUAAUAGCAAUCCCCCUGAGUAUGAAUUCUUCUGGGGCCUGCGCUCCUACUAUGAGACGAGCAAGAUGAAAGUCCUCAAGUUUGCCUGCAAGGUACAAAAGAAGGAUCCCAAGGAAUGGGCAGCUCAGUACCGAGAGGCGAUGGAAGCAGAUAUGAAGGCCGCAGCUGAGGCUGCAGCUGAAGCCAAGGCGAGGGCCGAGAUUAGAGCUCGAAUGGGCAUUGGGCUCGGCUCUGAGAAUGCUGCUGGGCCCUGCAACUGGGAUGAGGCUGAUAUUGGACCCUGGGCCAAAGCCCGGAUCCAGGCAGGAGCUGAAGCUAAAGCCAAAGCCCAGGAGAGUGGUGGUGCCACUGCUGGUGCCAGUGCCAGUGCCAGUGGUGGCUUUGGUGCCAGCGCCAGCCUGACUGCUACCCUCACGUUUGGGCUCUUUGCAGGCCUUGGUGGAGCUGGUGCCAGCGCCAGUGGCAGCUCUGGUGCUUGUGGUUUCUCCUACAAGUGAGAUUUCAGAUGUUGCUAAUCCCAGCAGUCUUUCUCUUCGAGCCAGGGUGCAUCCUCAGAAACCUACUCAACACAGCACUCUAGGCAGCCACUAUCAAUCAAUUGAAGUUGACACUCUACAUUAAAUCUAUUUGCCAUUUCUGA